GAAAACGAAACCGAAACAGAUCUCAUUUUUAUUUUAUUUUGUGAAGUUAUUAGUUUAAACCUAAAUCCAACUUAUCUUUCUUAUUUUGUAAAAUUAUGUAGUUUAAAAAAAUAAAUCUAACUUAAAAAUGUCGUGCAUGAAUUAAGAUAUGGAUUUGAGAAGAUCUCCUCAGCAUUUGGAAGGAAAUCUUUUGUUCUUACAUUCUAAUUAUUUUAAAGUAAAAAGAGUUUGGAAAGAGUGCUGUCUUAUGGUGAAUGGGGAUCUUUUGUGUUUAUAUUCAAAUGAAGAUGACAAAAACAAAGGAAAAAUAAUGCAAGAAAUAUCACUUUUAAAGAGUCAUGUAUUUGAAACAGUGAUAACUUCCAGCAGAAAACAACAUGUAUUUGUGAUUGAAAAUGAUGAGUUUAAAAUGUUUUUUUCAUGUAAGAAUAAAGUGGAACUAGAUUUUUGGGUAAAAGGAUGCGAAGGUAUAAAAUAUUACUGGGAGAGAAAACGAGAGGCUCAUGAGAGAAAACAUUUUUUAUCUAAUCAAGUUAAGAAAACUUGUGUGUUGAAUAUUGAUGAAGAUUCAUGCGAAGGUGUUACAAUCCCAUUCCAUUUAUCUAAUGGAAGUGUUGUUAAUGUUAAGAUGAACAAAGAUACAUUGUAUGAAGAAUUUAGUAAAUAUUCAAAUGAAAAAUUGUUGUGUAAUAUAAAUUCAAAAAUAUGCUAUGUAGAUAAUGAUGGCACAGUAAAGCUUGCAAACGAAUCAAGUAAAAUAUGUCAGGAAUUCAUUAAGAGUUAUUUUAUUGUAGAGCCUGGGUACAAGGUAGUUGUUAUGUACUUUGAAAAUGAUUCAUUUGAGGAGUACGUUCUUAAUAAAAAGAUGUCUACAAAAGAAGUUCUAGAUUGUUCUCUAGUAAAAGAUGCAGUAAGACUUCAUGGAAUAAAUAAUGCUGGCUUAUUCUUUCGUAGAGCAAGUUCUGAUAACUUUUUACUAUGUGCAAAUGACGACAAGCCAAUUUUAUUUUUAUACUGCGAACCUGAAAGUUAUUCUCCUAAUGGGUUUCUUUACAUUCUGAACAAAGAAAAAGUUUUUGGACAAAACUUAGAAUCUAAUACAUGUAUCAAACCAAGUACAAUUAACACUGGUCAUGUAUCAAGUCCUUCUUUUACAACAAACCCAAAUACCUCUGGUUAUUUUCCUGGACAUAAUUUUUUGUCUAAAAAAAACUCAAGUGAAUUUUUAAUGGAAAUCACUCCUGCACAAAUUCAAUCCCAGAGAAGAUACAAUUUAAAGCAUGAUAAUUUUUUUGUAAAUGAAUUGAGCAUUUUAAAAUCAAGGAAAGUUUCCAUACCACAUGAAACUGGUGGUACCUUUUGUUCAAAUGAAGUGGCGUCAAUCAAUGAAUCAAAGAGAGUUUGUAUUGUAGAAGAUUUUAAAGACGGCUCACAAGAGGAUCUUUUUUUGAAUGAAAAUGAUGCAACAAAUAAUUUUACUUCUCUAAGAAUAUCUUCCACUACCUGCGAAACAAAUCAGAAGACUGUAAACGAAAACUCUUCUAAGACUUCAAAUAGUGAAGAACACUAUUCAAAUGUAGAAUCUGCUAAUUCAUCUACAAUAGUUUGCUCUUCAUCCAUAGAUUGCGAAGUCAAUACUCAGCAUUUGGAGAUUAACGCAAUCAAUGACACUCUAGUUUCUGAAAUUGAUGUAAAAAAAAAAGAAAAUAUCACUAGUUCCGAAUCUGCACAAACCUUUGCUCAAGCAUCAAUCGAAAUAUGCUCCCUAACCCCAUCAUUAAAAAACUCUGCUGGCUGUCAUAAUAAUAAUAACAUAGCUAAUGAAAUUAAAGAGGAAACACCACCUUUUAUGGAAAAGAAAUUCAAUCUACAGACUUUUUCUCAGUGUAAACGGUGCAAGAGUUACUCCGUGCACCCGUUAUGUGUGAUGAAUCCACAAAAAAUGAAAGUAAUUUUACGCGAAAAUUCUCAAUCUGACUACCCGCGCCAUUCUUAUCUGUGUUUAUCAGGAACUCAUUUGUACUAUACAAAAGGACACUGGUUACCCUGUGAUGGUUCAUCGAUUUCUCUAAGCAGUGAGAACAUCGAUCGUAAAAAGUUAAACUUUGAGUUAGGCAACGGAAUAAUAUGUAAAUGGGUUCAGGAAACACGAACUUCCUUUCAAUGGAAAGUAGUUAAAGUGCCAGAAAAUGAUAUAAAUUCGAAAUCAAAGGAUCUUUACAAACAUGAUAAAAACUUUUUAAAUGAAUGUAACCCCUGCAACGUUUCAAAAAAUAUUGCUGAUGAAUCUACAACAACUGAUGAGUCUACAUUGACCAAUACUGGUACUAAUUAUUCGCUGGAGAAAUCUUUAGAAGAAGCUUUUCACUGUAGACAAAUGGAUAUUAAACAAAAAAAAUAUAAUUUUUUGGAAUAUCCAAUAAACAGUAUAUUAAUGAGCAACAAACAUAGGUAUUCACAACACCGAAGCCCUCGUCAUUUUAUUAAGUCAAUAAUUAAAGAAGUUUUAAGCAUUUGUGAAGUGUUUGACCCUUUUUUAGCUUCUGAAAGGCGAAUAAUUGGGGAUGAUUCAUUAACACCUCGAAUAGGGUGGAUGAUACGGAAUGAAUUAUGUACUGCUUUGAAAUCUUUUUUGACAGCUGGUUUUAGUGUUAAAGGUCAUUUUCUGAAAAUCAUGUUUUCUCAAAACAAUCCAUUGUUGUGGCGUUAUAUUUGCGAAAUUUCAAAGGCCAAUGACAAAUUUAAUUCCAUUAUUAAAAAAAUUGAAGCAAAUCCGAAUUUUAAAGAUAAUGACGCUUGUUUUAGAGCAUUUGUUUGUCAACUCCUUGUCCAAGAGUGUAACCAAACAAAAAACAAACUUUUGAAUGUGUGGUUGGAGAAAAUACCAUUAAUGGAAGCCGUUAUUGAGAAGUAUUUUGAUUCAAGUUCAUUUUGGCGCGAUGUGGACUGCGAUGAGUUCAAAGUCUCAUUCAAAACAUUGAUUGAAACAACGAAAAAAUUGAAUGACUAUCCAUUCCAACUUAGUUUAGAUUUUGAAACUAAAAACUCUCGAUCGGUACGAUCUGCAAGUUUUCCAAACAAUUACUACGAAAAGAAUCAAAGAUCUUACCUAAUUUCAAUUGAAUGAUGUUUUUUUUUCUAGUACUUUUUAAAAUACUUUUUUUAUUCUAAUAUCAAUUGAAUGUGUCUUCUUUUCUAACACUUUUUAAAAUAUUUUUUUUUGUAAAUAUGUUUUUCAGUAUUUAUAUUUUAGCAUGGAAACUACCUUAUUGUAUAUA